GCGGUGGCCCUCGGCCGUGCGCUCGGGAGUGGGGGCUCCGCGCCGCGGCCCUUCGCGCCCACGCCGCCGCCCCACGCCGUCCUCCCCGGCGCGCCGCCCGCGCUGGGCCCGCCGCGGCGGCGCUCGCGCGUCGGUUGGCGGCUGUGCGCAGGCGCGGCGGGGCGCUUGGUCCCGUGGGGUGGGCGGCUGAGCCUGGGAGCGCGCGAGCGAGACCAUGGCGGGCAGCGGCGCGGGGGGCGGCGCUGUGGGCGAGACGAAGGUGAUCUACCAUCUGGACGAGGAGGAGACUCCGUACCUGGUGAAGAUCCCCGUCCCGGCCGAGCGCAUCACUCUGGGCGACUUCAAGAGCGUCCUGCAGCGGCCCGCGGGCGCCAAGUACUUUUUCAAGUCCAUGGAUCAGGAUUUUGGGGUGGUGAAGGAAGAGAUCUCAGACGACAGUGCCCGCCUGCCGUGCUUCAAUGGAAGGGUCGUCUCUUGGCUAGUGUCGUCAGAGAACCCUCAGCCUGAGGCGGCUCCCCCGGCCCAUGAGGUCCCCGCACCUCCGCCAUUACCCCCUCUGCCACCAGAAAGGACCAGUGGCAUUGGGGACUCGAGGCCACCAUCCUUCCACCCUAAUGUGUCCAGUAGCCAUGAAAAUCUAGAGCCUGAGACAGAAACCGAGUCUGUCGUGUCCGUCAGACGGGAACGCCCUCGAAGGAGAGACAGCAGUGAACAUGGCGCUGCUGGCCAUAGGCCUGGUGGCCCCUCGAGGCUAGAGCGCCACCUGGCUGGCUACGAGAGCUCCUCCACCCUCCUUACCAGCGAGCUGGAGAGCACCAGCCUAGGAGACUCAGAUGAGGAUGACACCAUGAGCAGGUUCAGCAGCUCCACGGAGCAGAGCAGUGCCUCCCGCCUCCUCAAGCGCCACCGGAGGCGAAGGAAGCAGCGGCCACCACGGAUGGAGAGGACCUCCUCCUUCAGCAGCGUCACUGACUCCACCAUGUCCCUCAACAUCAUCACAGUCACGCUCAACAUGGAGAAGUACAACUUCCUGGGCAUCUCCAUCGUGGGCCAGAGCAAUGAGCGGGGUGAUGGCGGCAUCUACAUUGGCUCCAUCAUGAAGGGCGGCGCUGUGGCUGCCGACGGCCGCAUCGAGCCUGGAGACAUGCUUCUGCAGGUGAAUGACAUGAACUUUGAGAACAUGAGCAACGACGAUGCUGUGCGGGUGCUGAGAGACAUCGUUCACAAGCCCGGCCCCAUCGUGCUGACCGUGGCCAAGUGUUGGGACCCCUCUCCCCAGGCCUACUUCACCCUGCCCCGAAAUGAACCCAUCCAGCCGAUUGACCCCGCAGCCUGGGUGUCACACUCCGCCGCGCUGACUGGCACCUUCCCGGCCUACCCAGGCUCCUCUUCUAUGAGCACAAUCACAUCUGGCUCCUCCCUGCCUGACGGCUGUGAAGGCCGGGGCCUCUCCAUUCACAUGGACAUGGCCUCUGUCACCAAGGCAAUGGCUGCGCCAGAGUCUGGGCUAGAAGUCCGGGACCGCAUGUGGCUCAAGAUCACCAUCCCAAAUGCCUUUCUAGGCUCAGACGUGGUCGACUGGCUGUACCAUCACGUGGAAGGGUUUCCCGAGCGCCGGGAGGCCCGGAAGUAUGCCAGCGGGCUGCUGAAGGCGGGGCUCAUCCGCCACACGGUCAACAAGAUCACCUUCUCUGAGCAGUGCUACUACGUCUUCGGGGACCUGAGCGGCGGCUGUGAGAGCUACCUAGUCAACUUGUCUCUGAAUGACAAUGAUGGUUCCAGUGGGGCCUCAGACCAGGAUACCCUGGCUCCUCUUCCUGGAGCGACCCCCUGGCCCCUGCUGCCUACCUUCUCCUACCAGUACCCAGCCUCCCACCCCUACAGUCCGCAGCCCCCGCCCUACCAUGAGCUGUCCUCUUACACCUAUGGUGGCGGCAGUGCCAGCAGCCAGCACAGUGAAGGGAGCCGGAGCAGUGGGUCAACGAGAAGUGAUGGGGGCGCAGGGCGCACAGGGCGGCCUGAGGAACGGGCCCCCGAGUCCAAGUCUGGCAGCGGCAGUGAGUCGGAGCUCUCCAGCCGGGGAGGCAGCCUUCGGCGGGGCGGGGACUCGGGUGGGGUUGGCGAUGGGGCCCCCCCUCCAUCCAGGGGCUCAGCAGGGGGUGCUCCGAAUCUCCGUGCGCUCCCGGGGCUCCACCCCUACGCACCACCCCCUGGCAUGGCCCUCCCCUACAACCCCAUGAUGGUGGUCAUGAUGCCCCCGCCACCGCCCCCGGUCUCCACUGCAGUGCAGCCCCCUGGUGCCCCUCCUGUCAGAGACCUGGGCUCCGUGCCCCCGGAGCUGACGGCCAGCCGCCAGAGCUUCCACAUGGCCAUGGGCAACCCCAGUGAGUUCUUUGUAGACGUUAUGUAGGCCGCCUUGAGGCCAUGUCAGGGCUGUGCUGGUGCUCCUCAUGGUGCCUGGGCGCAGCCUAGAGGCUGGCGCCUGCCGAAAGGUGUCUGUCACUGUGACUGUCGCCAGCAGGCCUGGCCCUGCCCCUUCUUCAGGGUACAUGGGCAUCUUUGGUUAAUUUUAGCUUUAUUUUUUUAUAAGCUUUUGGAGGGGGUUAAAAUAGACUUUCUUAUAUUUUGGGGAGUAUUUUUAAUAGACAUUUCCUCUUUUAUAUGAAAAAUUCUUCCAUAUAAAAUGUCCUGGGUCUCUCCUGUCCCCAGAAUAGAACCACCUCCGUCCAGUUGCCUCGUCUUCUGUUACAUGAAGGGCGGGUGGUAGUCACGGUACCUGGGGAGAGGAAGGGGCAGCCUGGGUACCCCAGGCGCAGUCCCAGGACGUGGAUGGUGUACUUGCCCGGACUGUGUAAGCUGCCUUUGUUACUCUAUUUAUUUUAGUUACUUGUAUAAAACACCAAAUAAAGCAAUAGAGGCCAACUC